GUUUGAAAUAACAAUUGCAGUGACCUUGGGUAGUUAAUAUAGUCUGGGAAUUUUAGAGCUCGCGGAUUAUGGGGGUUGCUCCGGUUCUGUACUCUCAUUCUUAAAGUAUGACAAACCAGAAAUUAAAUGAGGUUAGAAACACGUAUUGUAUUUGUUCGGAUCUUUUUCACGCAAUUUAAUGUCUUGUUUACUGAGAGUGUGGUCUGUAAAUUUUGUGAAGGGUACUAUGACUUCGGUAGUGAGCAACCAGUGUGCUCAUCUUGCCAUGCUUUCAUUUAUGAGUUUAGUUUACCACAAAUGACUGAAAAUCGUUUAUUUGAAGAAAAAGAAGCAUCCAAUGACAGUGGAAAUGAAGAACCAGAUAAAGGAUCAGAUUUAUUUGCAGCUGCUUGGAAUUCUCCCACUUCAGAAGUCACUUCACAAGAUCGUGUGCUUGUCAAAUCUCGGCCAUCUUGUGCUCGAAUUUUUCCAGCUACAUGUCCCCUACAACAAUCUCAUGUUACUACAUCCUAUGCAAAUUACCCUGUAAUUGAUUACCUAUCACCUGUUUCCAAUAGGAAGAUCAAAUCUUGUAGUUCAUGUAUGUCUCCGAGCCUUGAGGAUCUUCCAACUGAAAUUUUACUGCGUGUUUUUCUCAUGGUAGAUGACAUAUGCUUGUGGUCUCUACGUCAAGCGUCACCCAGAUGUCGUGCGGUAAUCGAUAGUGAGAUAUCAGAACAACAAUGGGAGUCCUAUGUAUCAUUUCGAUGGCCACUCUUUAAUCCUAAUUGCCGAGUUGAAAGUUGGAGGCUUCUUUACCUCAAUAUGAUGGAGAGUGUUACUUGUAGAUUUUGUUUAGAACGUUUACGCUUACCAGUUGUAUUCCCAAUCGAAGCUCCAAAAGUUCGAUAUAAACGAAUUAAACAUGAAUUUGAAAACCUAUGUGCUGAUCCACCUUACGGCAUAAAAAUUAUUACUUUAGAUACGGCAACAUAUUCUCACUUUCUGGCUGGAAUCGAAGGUCCACCACAGUCCCCAUAUCAAGGUGGAUUUUUUCACGUUCUUAUUCUCGUUCCUGAUAGUUAUCCUUUUCGACCACCUGUAAUACGUUUUCUUACACGUAUAUUGCAUCCGAACAUCAGCUUUCAUGGUGAUGUCGGAUUGGAUUCAAUCAGGCAUAACUGGUGUUUAGCAUUGAGUUUAGAGAAGCUUUUAAUUAGUAUUUUAGCCCUUUUAACUGAUCCACAUACACGUGUUUGUAUGGAACCAGUAAUUGGUGCUUUGUAUGAUUGGGAUAAGUAUCAGUUCGAAGAAUUAGCAAAAUUAUGGACGUGGAAAUUCGCGUGUCACGAUUAUUUAUCGGCUGAUUUUGUGUCCGCAAUGGUUCUCCCUGAUUAUAUUGAACAAACUCAUCAACGUCUUAACUGUAAACAAAUAAGAUAACUGAAGAAGAUUCAUCACGCCUCAAUACGGAUAUAAACGUGGUGUUAUUUCAAAUCAAUAAAGCAUUCAUUUUGUAAUUCUACCAAUACUUUAUGCUCAUUAUGGUUAUCAGUUUUGCUUGCUAUGCAUGCUUAUGUUGUCGUCUUUACAUGGAUGUAAAUAGUGGCAUAUCAUUUGAUCAAAUGGUUAAUAUUCCACUUUUAUGUGUUCACAUUGUAUAAGUUCACUAGAUUGAACAACCCAUUAACAGAUUCAAGGAUAAAUGGUCAUAUUAUUCUCAUGGGAAUAAAUUAUAAUCUGUAAGUUUUAUUUUCGUUUUUAUCAUAAAAUGUAUGAUGAUGAGUAAUAAGAUUAUUACAUAUGUAGCUUUUUCCUGUAAAGACUUUGUCAUUCAAAAGGAUUAUUUUCUUUGAUUGAAGCCGGACAAACCACAACAAGUAAUUGUUUCGUUAUGAAUUUGAAACUUUUCAUAAAUUCCAUGUCCAAUAUCCGCUGUUUAUGUUUAAGUUUUUCAAUAUCAAUCUCUUUAUGACAAGAAGCAUCUAAUCUAUUUUACUUUUCAUCGCAAAUACUUCGUUUGAGUAAUUCCUUUCAUCAUUCUUUGCAUUUACUAAUUUUUUUAAGUGUUUGUUAUUAACUCCUAGCUUUUGUGUAUUAUUUAUUUAGUCUUCUAUAGAGAGAACAUGUGGGUAUUUUUUAAAGUAUUUUCGUUUCUCCGAUUUACAGCAUAUAUCAGUGAUAUUCUUAUAUUUGUUAUUCUAAAAGAUGUAUUGAAAUAUUUUUUAAAAAGAAAUUUCUCACGCAUUAUGUGUUGGAUUUCGCUAUUUUUUUGUUUUAUUCUGAUGAGAUCUAACAUAACUACUAAUUGACAUCAUCUUGUACACAAUCACACUCGGAUAUAUUUACCAUGCUCUUUAUUAAUUCUGUUUCGUUGAUUUAACAAUAUAAAUAUAUCUUUUUUCUUGUUGAAAUUAUCCCUUAUUAACGCCUUUUUUCAAAGGAUGAGAUGAAUACUUUUUACUCACACAAUAUAAAAUUUCAUCAUUUUCAUCUGUAGCUAACUAAUAUAAUAUAAAGCAAUUUCGGUAAGACUAUAAUUUAUUGAUGAAUCAAUUAGUAUAAAAUAACAGGACUUGGAUUUUGUCGCGAAAUUCAUUCGUCCAUUUGGCUAAAUAGCGUUUUGGCAUUUUAGCUAAUGUUGGUUCGUAAUGAAAACUUUAAAUAUAAAUCAUAACCCUAACUUGUUGUGGAUGCGGAGGAAUAGACCAAUAAUUAUCAUGUUAAGUCCAAUGGUGUCCUUGGACUUUAAAUGGACAUUUCCUAUUGGUCGAUAUCUGUUCACUUGUUGAAUAUUGUACAAAAUGUUGUUUUCUAUUUUAUGGUACGAUGUGGUAUGCUUGAUUGGUAUAUAAACAAAGUAUGUUUGAAAUAUAAUGAUUCAUAUCUCCGAGGCCGUGGUUUGUGUUCUGGACUCAACUGACUGGGCUAGACGGGGGGGGGAGGGCGAGACCAAUCGAGACUCUAGGCCGUCCGUACGUGUAUUACGUGUCACUGUCACCGAAUUGAUCAAUAAACGCUGCUUAUCAAAACCUGCAGUCAUACCCGUCAUAACAAUUGGCGACGGGGUGGAGAAAAAUUUUGAACCUUGUAAUUGGACGAGAUUCAGGCUACUUGUUUCGACCAAUCAGCAUCCAGAUUGCCAUCAGCGUCCUUGAGCAACAUUGGUCAUUCUUCCUACAGUUAAUUGUCAUUGCUGGUGCAGAAAAGAAAAAAAUGACUACGUUUUCCGGCCAAUUACAGCUUCUACUUGAGCAACAACAGCAGUGUUUCAAAAAUAGCCGGUUGAAUUUUUUAGAAAAUUUACGCACACUGUUGGUAAAUUUUCCAUGUUUCGGAAAUGCAACAGAAGUUGGUAAGUUCAUUUCUCAUCUGCAGACUGAGCUGGAAAACAACUGCAGAACAUAUGAAGCUGUUUAUAAAAGCCUCUGUGAAUCCCGAACGACCAGUGAUGUAAACGAGACAGUUAUUCAUGAUCCGCCCAGUUGUCCAGAAAUGUCAAAUUCAGAAACAUUUCCUGUCGUGGGUUCAAAUCCCACUGUUCCUGAAACGUGUACAGACAGUGAUGUACCCAGCUCACAGGAAGAUCUCUUAUUAAAUGCUCAUAAAUUAAUUACAGUACCCUCUCACAAGGAAACAGGAAACAAAUCGUGCAGUAUACUGAGUUUAGCUGCUCUAAACAGUCCUCAUCAGUCAACAACAGAAGAUUGUGAUGAAUCUUAUUAUCUAGAUCCUCUUGUACCAGAAAAUGUGUUAGAUGCACCAAAUGAUGAUCAGAAGUUUGAUACAAUUUUGAUAGAUGUUAAUUAUCCCAGUCAUCAACUAUCCACAAAUGAGAUGUUCAGGGAAUUCUAUGAUAAUGUUCCAGAAGAAUCGAACGUUGAUGACCUCAUAUCAAGCGACGUUGGUCCACACUACUUAAUCACUUUUAGUGACUUCUCUGUUCCAUGUGACAAUUAUGUGUUAAAUAAAGUCAAAUUAAUUUCAACUUGGGGAUAUGAGGACCCAACAUUAUUUCGUGGGGGAGGAUGAACCCAGAAAAUUUCAAAAUCCGGAUAUCAACUCCGGAUCUUCAAAAAAAAGGGAGGUGUUGUGGAUGCGGAGGAAUAGACCAAUAAUUAUCAUAUUAAGUCCAAUGGUGUCCUUGGACUUUAAAUGGACAUUUCCUAUUGGUCGAUAUCUGUUCACUUGUUGAAUAUUGUACAAAAUGUUGUUUUCUAUUUUAUGGUACGAUGUGGUAUGCUUGAUUGGUAUAUAAACAAAGUAUGUUUGAAAUAUAAUGAUUCAUAUCUCCGAGGCCGUGGUUUGUGUUCUGGACUCAAC